CGGCGGGAAUACAUACCAAGCGGUAUUAGGAAGCGAUGGCUGAACUGAACUGGCACAACAAGAUACUGCGGUACCGUGGCGCGUUUCUGCACGAGGAUGACCUUGGAGGGGCAGUCGCACGUGCACCGGCUGCUGUCGGGAGCAGAGCAUUGGGACGGCUCGGACGGCGAGGACGGCAUGCCCAUGUAUGACGAACAGAUCGCAGAGGUGGGCCGGCAAUGGGACACCGCGCGAGAGGAGGAGCUGAGGCAGCAGAAGGAUGUCCAGGAUCUGAACCAGAAGGUGGCCGGCGUGCGCGAGGCGAAGCUUUGGGUGGCGAAGUUCAAGCGGCCGGUGCCGUACCCGCGCUAUUCGCACUGGUCGAAGACGCAACAGCGGUUUGUCGUGGACAUGAUGCUGCGCUACUGGGCCACCGGCGUUCCGACCAACCCGCCGCCGGCGGAGGCGCAAGACGUGCAGAAACUCGUGGGAUUCAUUGAGGAGAUGCGUCAGGAGCAAGAUGAGUUCUUCACAUUCACAAGGGAGGUGAACGCCACCCAACUGGGCCGCUACAACUUCACGCACGUCCCCAUCCGGCGCUACGUGGAGAAGGCCAUGAGGACGAAGCUCCAGCGCGUCAGGGAGUACCCAGGCCACUACAGGCAGAUCGGCAUGCUGCCGCUGGCGCCACCUGCCGGCGAACCGCCGAACUUCAGUCAUCUGGGCGAGCCGCUAGAGUUGGGCGAGGUGCCCGUGUGUGUCAUACCCGACAUGACCUACUACACGGAUCUCAAAAAGCAGUGCGUGUUCUUGGAGCAGUUCUUCCCAUCUUCCCAAUGCUACCCGAAGACGCGAACCGAUGGAUGGAAGCCCCAGGAUGGCACUUUUCUGUACAAAGACCCAGAGCUGCCCGUCCCAGCGGGUGUGCCGCGGUCGUCGGCCAUCGGCCGACGGCUCCACCGUUGCUCGCACCUGCCUGACCACAGCUGCUAG